CUUGGCCACUGGGAGCUAAAUUCGCGACGUGGAUGAAAACGAACUCUGAAUUUUGAAAAAACGAAAUUACGAGUAGAAUUUUAGUGAAUUUUUAGCGACGUUGGCAAAAACGAAUUCUGAAUUUUGAAAGAAAACGAAAUUACGAGUCGAAAUUUAGUGAAAUUUUAGCGAUUCGAAACUUGGACAACAAGUGGACCACGAACAGAACGGCGCUUCUGAUGAAAAUAAUUUGAAAAUAACGCAGUGCAAAUAGAGUGAAGAACAUUGCAGUGUUUGUACAUAAAUAGGCUUUAUUUAACAACUUAUGAGAAGUUUUAUUGGGACAUCUUUUGAAAACGUUUUCUGAUUAUUUAUAUAAUUGGUUACUAAUGUGACUUAUUGAAAAUAUAAUUAGUUGAUAAUUAGCGAAGAUGGCGCUGCCAGAGCUGCUGCACACCGACCACCAAGUGCUGGGGGAGGACUACUGCCCCGGCUACACGGAUGGGUUCGGCCACUGGAACAACGGCUUCCCCUGUCCAUCGCUGGCCGCCGAUAUGCCGCCCGUCCGCUGCUGUGGCACCGCGACGCAUAAAUAUUGCUGCAGCGUGGCCACCCAUACGGCGACCAUGAGCGAGGGCGGCGGUGCGCGAGCGGGGGCGUGGUUGCCGAG